UGUAUUUCCAACUUUCCAAGCUAUAGUUCCAGGGAGGAGACGACAGGCAGCCACACGUGCAAGGUCACGUGCAAACGGCAGUCAUGGGCGCAGCAAGAGGAGAAGCCGUGGGCAGCGUGAAAGUGUAUGCUGCUCCAAGCGGCGACCACUUGAGCCAGCAGCAUUUGCUGCUUUCCAGUAUCUCCGUCUUCCUCCCAUCCUUCCAUCCCCACUCCUAUCUCCGUAACAAACCCUAGACCCCGAACCUCUUAACACCGAAAAGCAUCCCCCAUGGAAAUGCAGUAGCAUGCUGGAGGGAACUCUCCCUUCUUCCUCAAUUUCAUGCCAACGUCUCGCCUUCUCUCCCGCAUCCGCCGCUCCAAGCCCGUCCUUCAGCUACUCAUCAGCCACUCAUCAGAGACCCUCCGAUUUUCGCCUCAUCAGGGGCUUUGCUACCAUACAUGUACGCAGUUUAGGCACGGUUCUCGGAGGCUCCCCUUUUCGCCAAUCGCAAUUCGGAGCUCUCUGUCAGUGGAUUUCUCUGAACGAAUCGUUUCUCUAGGUUUAGUUGCAUUCAAUUCUAAUCACCACUACUCGCUGCAUCACGAAUUCUUCACAAGAGCUAAGGCAAUUAAGCGGGUAGAUGUCGAUGAUCACAGCCAACGAGCGGUCACAACGGCACUGUGGUGCAACUUUCUCGUUUUUUCUCUCAAAUUUGUUGUUUGGUUCGCAACUUCUAGCCAUGUUAUGCUGGCUGAGGUUGUGCAUUCAGUUGCAGAUUUUGCAAAUCAGGCACUUCUUGCUUAUGGCCUGAGUAGCUCAAAGCGUGCUCCAGAUGCUCUUCACCCUUAUGGCUACUCGAAAGAAAGAUUUGUUUGGUCUUUAAUAUCUGCUGUUGGUAUCUUUUGUCUUGGUUCUGGUGCUACGAUUGUUCAUGGGUUUCAGAACUUGUGGACUGCACAGGCCCCUGCAAAUAUUCAGUAUGCUGCUGCGGUGAUUGGUGGUUCAUUCAUAAUUGAAGGUGCUUCUCUUGUUGUAGCCACACAAGCCGUCAGGAAGGGUGCAGCUGCAGAGGGAAUGAAAGUGAGAGACUAUGUUUGGCGUGGUCAUGAUCCCACAUCUGUUGCCGUCAUGACAGAGGAUGGUGCUGCAGUUACCGGACUUGCAAUUGCUGGAUUGUCAUUGGUCGCUGUGAAUACCACUGGGAAUGCAAUAUACGAUCCAAUUGGCUCGAUUGUGGUAGGCAACCUACUUGGAAUGGUAGCUAUAUUUCUUAUCCAGAGGAACCGUCAUGCCUUGAUUGGCAGAGCAAUUGAUGAUAAUGAUAUGGAAAGGGUUCUUCAUUUUUUGCAAAAUGACCCGGUAGUAGAUUCUGUAUAUGAUUGCAAAAGUGAGGUGAUUGGACCUGGAUUUUUCAGAUUUAAGGCCGAAAUAGAUUUUAAUGGUGUAGUGUUGGUGCAAAAUUAUCUAAAAAGGAGUGGACGUGAAGCUUGGGCCAGACAGUUUCGAGAAGCUGCAAAGGAGAAGGGGGAUGCGGCUUUGCUUAAAAUUAUGUCAAAUUAUGGUGAAGAAGUGGUUACAGCUCUUGGUAGCGAAGUUGAUAGGCUUGAAAAUGAGAUCCAGGAGAUUGUUCCUGGUAUUCGGCAUGUUGAUAUAGAGGCACACAAUCCAAUUGGCCUGUCACCAUGAUCUACAGUUUCCCAUGUUCAAUCAAUUUUUUUUCUCUUUUUUUUUCCCAGUCAAUCUUGCUACUGAUUACUAUCCAACAUUCAUGAUGAAUUUCAUAAGGCGCAUCCUGUAUAUUUCAUGAGAAGUUGACAGUGUUUGUUCUAGAGUCACUAGGGAGAUACCAAUAUAUAUUGGAACAGAUUGGGAGUUCCAAAGUUGGGUCUUAAUGAGCUUCAAUGAUUGCUUAAUCAAGGAUAAAUUUUAGCAGAUAA